AUGACUUCUGGACAAGAUAUGAAGCGAAAGCAAAUUGAUUUCAUCAGCGAGUUGCCAUCGGAUAUCGUAGGGGAACGCAUUGUUCCUAGGAUUGUGGGAUACGAUGGUGGACGCUUUCAGCUACAUGGGCGACGCAAUUACUUUGCUGUGUGCAAGACAUGGAGCAAACGAAUUGCUGAAAACGACGACAGUAUUCAUUUUGAUAUUGAAAGCCAUCGUUUGGUAUCACAUCGCGAUUGGAUGCGAGUGCAGGCAGUGGCACCUUACAUCAAAACGAUCACUGUACAUGCGAUGAUGGAGAUACACCUUUCGAAUCUUAUCCGCUAUACCCAAUUUUCUUCAUUGCAUGAUUUGAGGAUCAAAGUAAAGGGGUUUCAGCAAGUGUGGAUGCAACUACUGCGAUCGAUCCCCGGCCUGAGACAUCUCCAUAUCAAGUUCGAAGCACCAGGGAGCCAACUACAAUUAUGCAACAUGCUGAAUCAAUGUCCCGGGUGUAUUCAAUUGAAGCUUACGAUGGUUUCAGACUUGAGUUUAACGUCUGGGACAUGUCACAAUUCAAUUUACCCCAACAUACGCCAUCUUGAAGUUAUCUACAGGCGCCGUAAUCGGUCUAUGAAUACGCAGCUCUGCCAGCAUUUCCCUGGUUUGCGUCUACUACGAUUGUCACAUCUGCCACCAACUCAACAAGACGACUUGCAUAUGAUCUUCCAACAUUGCCCAAAGCUACAGCACCUGUUGCUAGGCAACCAAAGCUACGUAUCGGAUAUAGAAACCUCCAUGAUUCAACAAGGGGAUUCGCAAGGAUUAAGAGUAAUCUCUCUUCGUGAUGUGUCACUCUAUGGAGACGCUAUUGCCGAUUUGAUGCGACGCCAUCACGCCACACUCGAAGCAUUUGCAUUGGAAGGCUAUUUUCGAUCUUCGGCACCUGUGGGCAUGUUGGCUAAUGAUCCUAUUGAGUUCAAUCAGUUGCGCUCCUUGAGGUUUCCUCAUGAAAUGGGGGUACAUGUGAUCGAUCUUCUUCGAUGGAUUAUAUCCCGGGCGCCCUAUAUCGAAUAUGUGGAAUCUCGUGGUGGUGGAUGUACGCAAGGGGAGAUAUUGGAUGCCUUGAUGAGUCGACCUGUGCGAUCGAUCCAUUUGGAAUGUUCGGCAUUUUCUAGUGAGUUGAGUGCACGCCGCUUUCUCAAUCAUCAUGAACAGCUAUCCACAGCAUCAUCACUUCAAGAAGUCGCGUGCACUAUCAUCAAUCCAUGUGGGAUGAGUGGGGAUUGGGUAUUCUCCAUUUCGAAAUUACAGCAACUCAAGAGCCUGGAACUAUCUCUUUCAAGUGGAGGUCGUGAAGAUCUAAUGGAAAUACUCAUCCUCUUUGUUACGCGUGGAUGCAACUCGCUUGAAAAGGUUACUUUGACGUUCCCAACUCUCUCGGUGCCUGUUGAAUCGAUCCUGCCGUUAUCUGAACAUCCACACCUUAAAAGCCUAAUCAUUGUUUCCGACUCGAUACCGAAUGACGCGUUGCAAGCUUUGGAGUGUUUUUGGCACCUGGAUGUAUUGCAUCUAAAGUUGAAGACCUUUGAUUGGAACGCUAUUGCACGAUUGAAAUCUAGAAUACUUCAUCUCACAUGUACAGUAGUAAAGGACCACCCAUAA